AAAAUUUGUUUCCCAUUGGCUCUCACUGCGGCAAUCUUCGCCGGUGAUCUUCCGGCCGAUAACUGUGUUCUUCAGCUUCCAACGGAGUCAAUACUUGUAGUGGCAGCCUUCAGCAUUUCUCUGUCACAUUCUCCGGCCUCGAGUUCUCGUAGUUGCUUUAAUUGGCUCCAGCGAUGGGGGCUCCAUUCGAGGGAAUAGCAAAUGAUUUCAAGGGGAGGAUAGCAUGCUACAAACAGGAUUGGGUUUGUGCACUAUGUUCAGGCGUCAGGAUUUUAGCUCCUACUAUGUACAUUUUCUUCGCCUCUGCUCUUCCUGUUAUCGCCUUUGGAGAGCAACUUAGUAGGGAUACAGGUGGAAGUUUGAGCACAGUGGAAGCAUUAGCCUCAACUGCGCUGUGUGGAAUUAUCCACUCAAUAUUUGGGGGGCAGCCUUUGCUGAUUUUAGGAGUGGCAGAACCAACAGUUAUAAUGUACAUUUACCUGUACAAUUUCUGCAAAGGCAGGCCGGAGUUAGGGGGCAAGCUCUUUUUAGCGUGGGCUGGAUGGGUGUGCAUCUGGACAGGAUUCUUCCUGAUUCUCCUCGCAAUCUUCAAUGCUUGCGCUGUCAUCACCAAAUUUACAAGAGUUGCGGGGGAAUUAUUUGGCAUGCUUAUUGCUGUUCUUUUCUUCCAAGAGGCAAUAAAGGGAUUGAUCAGCGAGUUCAAUAUUCCCAAGUCAGAAAAUCCAGAGGAAGUGAAGUACCAAUUUCAAUGGUUGUAUACAAAUGGGUUGCUUGCUAUCAUUUUUUCUGUGGGUUUACUCUUCACAGCCUUGAAAAGCAGACAUGCUAGAUCAUGGAAAUAUGGCACUGGGUGGUUUCGGAGUUUCAUUGCGGACUAUGGGGUUCCACUUAUGGUCGUGUGUUGGACAGCAUUGUCUUAUGGAGUUCCCAGCAAAGUUCCAGAUGGAGUUCCAAGGAGACUCUUUUGUCCAUUACCUUGGGAACCAGCCUCAUUGUACCACUGGACUGUAGUGAAGGACAUGGGGAAGGUUCCGCCGACUUUCAUCCUUGCUGCUUGUCUGCCAGCCAUGAUGAUAGCAGGUCUAUACUUUUUUGACCAUAGUGUUGCAUCACAAUUGGCUCAACAGAAAGAGUUUAAUCUUCAAAAGCCAUCUGCAUAUCAUUAUGACGUCCUCUUGCUUGGGAUUAUGACUUUGAUUUGUGGAUUGCUUGGAUUACCUCCUUCUAAUGGUGUUCUCCCACAGUCCCCAAUGCACACCAAGAGUCUGGCAGUGCUUAAACGGCAGCUAAUUCGAAGAAAAAUGGUAAAGAGUGCAAAAGAAUGUAUCAAACAAAAAGCUAGCAACUCUGAAAUUUAUGGAAAGAUGCAGGCUGUGUUCAUUGAAAUGGACACAUCUCCAACUCCUAAAGAGCUAGAAACCUUGACAAAGGCAGUGAUGAAUGCUGAUGAUGGUAAUCAGGACGGAAAAUUCGAUGCUGAGAAAAAUAUAGAUCCUUAUUUGCCUGUUCGUGUGAAUGAGCAAAGGAUGAGCAACUUGCUGCAGUCUUUCCUUGUUGCCUUAACAUUACUUGCUAUCCCUAUAAUGAAAAUGAUACCCACUUCUGUUCUGUGGGGAUACUUUGCUUAUAUGGCCAUUGAUAGUCUCCCAGGAAAUCAGUUCUGGGAAAGGAUGUUAUUGCUCUUCAUUACACCCGGUCGGCGUUUCAAGGUCUUGGAGGGGUCUCAUUUAUCCAUUGUUGAAUCUGUGCCAUUCAAGAUCAUCGCAUCAUUUACCCUCCUUCAGUUUGCAUAUUUCUUGCUGUGCUUUGGUGUAACAUGGAUACCUGUAGCUGGAAUCAUGUUCCCACUUCCAUUUUUCCUCCUCAUUAGCAUAAGAGAGCAUGUGCUCCCCAAGUUCUUCCAGCAUAGCCAUCUUCAAGAGCUCGAUGCUUCGGAGUACGAGGAGAUUGCCGGUGCUCGACGUCGUGCCAACGUUCCGGAAAAGGAACGACCUGAUACAAUUGUGGAAGAAAAUAACGAAGAAUACUAUGAUGCGGAGAUAUUAGAUGAGAUGACAACUCAUAGAGGAGAGUUGAAGCUUAGGACUGUAAGUCACAACGAAGAACGGUUCCUGCAGAUUCAUCCUGAAGAUUCCCUUCAAAGACAAUGAAUGAAGCAGGUGGAAGCAAAAUAGGACAAUAAGAGAGCGUUUGAUCGAGCUCGAUGCAACAUGAUUUCGACAAUCGGUUGAGAGUGAGUAUACGGGAAGACAUUUUCUUCUCAAAGAAGACAUCAAGUUUUACAUAAACCGAUUCAUUAUAUAAACAUGCAUACAAGAAAAUAAGAUCUUAGAAAAGAUUUAAGUUGUUAUUCAAUUUACAAUAGGGAAAGCUUUUAGAGAAUCAAAAAGCUUUUAGUCAUUCAUUCAUUUGAUUAUUGAAAAUUAAAAAGGUAAGGAAAGGAAAGGACGGUGAGGAUCGGCUAUUGAGAUUAUUAAGAAAGAAAGAGAGCUGUAGUUUUUUGUUUUUUGUUUUUUUUUCCCUUUCCUUUCCUUAUUUUGGUUCACUUUAUUACUAUUUCUUCUUUAAACUAUAAAUUUAUGGUCAAAUAUAGAAUCUAUGUAUUUCAGUUCUUGUUGCUUGCAGAUUUCUGUCAUGCUUUAUGUGCAGACAGUUAAACUAAAACCCAAGUAUUGGUUUUAUA